AUGUCGUCGGAGAGGUAUGACUGCGGGCCGUUUGAUAGAUGUGUGAGUUCAUGUUUAUCCGAGGGCUUCAACUACUGCCAGUGUUACGAUGAAGAUGACGAAGAGCCAUACUCGGGUGACAGCUGCCGGCAGCCCUCCGCGGGCAGCAAGUCGCCCGAUGUCUGGAACGGCCCGUCCAAGCCAUUGCUCGCUGCGGGCAGCAAGUCGCCCGAUGUCUGGAACGGCCAGUCCGAUGUCUGGAACGGCCGGUCCAAGCCAUUGCUCGCCGCGGGCAGCAAGUCGCCCGAUGUCUGGAACGGCCAGUCCGAUGUCUGGAACGGCCAGUCCGAUGUCUGGAACGGCCAGUCCGAUGUCUGGAACGGCCGGUCCAAGCCAUUGCUCGCCGCGGGCAGCAAGUCGCCCGAUGUCUGGAACGGCCAGUCCGAUGUCUGGAACGGCCCGUCCAAGCCAUUGCUCGCCGCGGGCAGCAAGUCGCCCGAUGUCUGGAACGGCCAGUCCGAUGUCUGGAACGGCCGGUCCAAGCCAUUGCUCGCCGCGGGCAGCAAGUCGCCCGAUGUCUGGAACGGCCGGUCCAAGCCAUUGCUCGCCGCGGGCAGCAAGUCGCCCGAGGUCAGGGGCGGCUUGUCCGAGGCAUUCCUCGCUGCGGGCAGCAAGUCGCCCGAUGUCUGGAACGGCCCGUCCAAGCCAUUGCUCGCCGCGGGCAGCAAGUCGCCCGAUGUCUGGAACGGCCAGUCCGAUGUCUGGAACGGCCGGUCCAAGCCAUUGCUCGCCGCGGGCAGCAAGUCGCCCGAUGUCUGGAACGGCCGGUCCAAGCCAUUGCUCGCCGCGGGCAGCAAGUCGCCCGAGGUCAGGGGCGGCUUGUCUGAGGCAUUCCUCGCCGCGGGCAGCAAGUCGCCCGAGAAGAUCUGGGACGACUGGGCUGACGGCGCAACCUCCAACUCGACCGCGAUUCCGCGGGCCCCGGUCGUCGCCAGCGCGCCCAAGGAAUGGGGGGACUCCGGCGGCUCCACCUCGCACUCGAUGUCGAUUCCGCCGUCCUCGACUCUCACCGACGUGACGCUGGCGGAUGGAGGCCGCGCCUUCGACUGCAUCGCCUGCUGCCUCUCGCUGAAGCCACCCAUCUUCCAGUGUGACCAGGGGCACGCGGUGUGCCUCGCAUGCCUCAAGGCUUUAUCCUGGGAAGGGUCAGCCGCAGCAGCGAGGUGCAACGUUUCCGGCGGCCACCACACCGACGGCUACCGCCGGAACCAGCCCUUGGAGAAUGCCGUGGGGGCCAUCUGUGUGACGUGCCCCAAUGCCGCCUACGGCUGCACCGACCUGCUGACUCGCUACUUCCUGCCCACCCACCGACGGUCAUGCAGUUACGCCCUCACGGCGAGCUGCGCACGGGAAGCCUGCAGCUUCAUCGGCUCCAUGGAGGCCCUUCUGGAUCACUUCAUCAUCGUGGAGAAGUGGCCAUACACCGCCGAGACCCAGGCCGGGAAGAGCUUCGACAUCCACCUCUUGGGCGGCUUCAAUGUCGUCGGUGCCGUCCGUGGCACCAGACAGCACCUGCUUGUGCUAUUCAUGGCACGGAGGCCGUUCGGCAGCACGGUCUCUGCAAUCUGCAUAUCUCCCCAACCUAAAGACGUUUCUUGGUUGCGACCGCCACCAGAGGCACUGAAAUGCAAGCUUGAACUCCACUUCCUCGCUACUCCGAACUCCCAGACAUCUAAACACGAUGUCGUAACCUCCUUCGAUGUACCAUGCACCAAUCCCUCGGAUGGGCUCCCUCAUCCUGAUGACUUCUUCCAGUUCUCCGUGCCCAAGUCCGUUCAUCCUGACGACAAUGCUGCUAUCAAGGUCACGGCCUCUAUUACCCUGUUUUAUCCUGAAGCUUAGCUGGUGUGCUAGUGUUUAGUUUUGUUUAUAUGAUGGUUGAUGUCUGUAGCUAUCUCUGUAGGGCUAUGCUAAUGUAAUUCUAGUUUCAAGACUGUAAAGCCGUAUUGAUGGGUGAGAUGUUCACGGCUUUUAUGUUUUCGUGAUAUCUAAUUGUUACUGAACUGUUAUGUUUAGUUAUUGAAGGUUUGAGCAAAUUCCUGUGCUA